AGCUCAAGUCACACGAUCAUGUCUCACCAGUACGGGCUUCCAUGUUUGAUGAUCUCCAUGAGGCCUCGUCACAGGCACUGGUGGACCUCAUCCUUCAGGAGCUGGACAGUGACUCGCGGCUACAGCAAGCCUUACAGGCGGGGAACCUGCAGGACAUUGAGGUGGAACUGAGGUCCUUCUUGGAGGAUGAAGUGUCCCACUUCCCUGAAGACCUUGCAGAACUCAGCGUGGGUCCUUUGCUGGAUGUCUUGGCUGAAGCCUUAGAGACGUCGAAAGCGUCGGAGCACGAAAAACUAGAAACCUGUAUUUCCUUGCUGCGGUCGGUGCUGCGGGCUGAUGAGCGUGUCACACAGUUUCUUGAGGAUGCGCACGCCCUAGUUGAUGACAGCUCGGAUGUUGAAAACGGCAUGUCGGUUGAAGCAACCGGGGAAGAUGUCCACACGACAAGUUUGGAGGAUUUGGCCAUGUCAAAAGAACAGGCCACAGAAGUCCAAGAUGCCUGGAAAGCUUUUCUCGAGAGCGCUGGCAGCGAGGAUGCCGCAGCAGAGGGGCUGUUCAAUGCCUUCUAUGAAGCUGCGCCGGCACUUCAGCCUUUGUUUAAGACAUCACGUGCUGUGUUGUCUGGCAUGUUCUUCCGCGGGAUCCAGCAGAUUGUCAUGUCCCUGCACAACGGUAAGCAAGCCCGAGCAUUUGUAGAGGUCCUAGGCUUCCGACACCUGGAAAUCGAAGUGACAUCUCCUCGAGUUUCUGCCUUCAGGGAGUCAAUCUUGGAUCUUUCCCAAGCGGAGCUCGGAGAUCGCUUCAGCACCCUAGCCUUUGAGGGCUUCCGGAAGAUGUUGAACUAUGUUGGAGGAGGUUUGGUCUUCAUCCGGGAGCACUUCAAGGAUCGGCUGCGGAUUUUAUCCACAAGCUGGGCUGUUGCGAACUCUACUGCAGGCCAAGAGCCAGAGGAGGAAGAAGAGAUGGCAACCAUGAAGAGCAACUCUCAGGAGCCUUCCCAGUCACAGUCACAGACUCAGCGCUCAUCGCUUGAACAUGAUGGCCAAGCUGCCAAGCAGCCUGCCAACAAUACCAAGUUGAACAUCGGGGCGCAAAACGUCCCCGCGACCUUUAGCGAUAUGUUCUGCUUCAACGCUGCGGUCAUGGGACUUGAUGAUCGUCUUUGGAUGUACGAGGUUCUGAAGUCUUUUGACGCUGUGGUGCGGAAUGUGGCCAGCUCAAACCGCUUGCAGGAAGAGUGCAACGUGAUCUCCCUGCGGAUGGCCAAGAUUCCAGGGGUGAUCCAUCUAAAUGAUUUCAAAGCGAUCAUGAUGGCAUCCCUUCGAUCGUUGGUGCCCAAAGGAUGGGACCAGCACCAUGAAGAGGCCUGGAUUUGGCUUUGGUCCAAUGUGGAGCAGAUUUUGCAACAAGAAGUGGGAAAGUUGGCUCCCCGGGGGCGGCUGGUGUCGCGCUAUGUGGGCUCCAUGGAGCAAGACUCUGAGGAGAAGCUGAGUAAAAUGAUCUAUCAGAAGUUCUUCGGCGUGGCACCUGAGGGCCAGGACUUUUUCAAGCAGUCCGCCAGUCGUCUGAACUUCAUUGUGCACCAGAUCUUCCAGAUCACGGUCCAAAUCUACCAAGAUCCUCCACGGAUGGUGGAUGAGCUCUCAGCCCUGGGGCUGCGCCACGUGGGCUAUGGCAUUCCCACGGUCUUUUUCGGCCCCUUCGUGAGUUGCGUCAUAGAGUCGGUGAAGGAGAUCACGAACAACGACCAGGCUCUUUGUGAUGCCUUUGCUUGGUCUUUGGGCUUGGUCUCGCAGAUCUUGAUGCGGACCAUUGACGAAGGCUCUACUCUGGUGAUGAAGGCCAUCAACAUGAAUUCGGCGAGGCACAUCAUACGGGCCCUGUCGGAUACUCCACGCAAGCGAAGGGCAAUGGCCAUGCUCAAGGUGACGGUUGGCACACAGUCCAUCUCCCCUUUGCUUUGGGCCAUCCAAAGCGGUAGCAUGGAGGCUGCACAGGCGAUCGUCCAGGACUUGCUCACGAUUCGUGCGGACCGAGACAGAUAUUAUUUCGGUGCCGAUGACCUGUUCACAAGGCAUCCUGACAUCAUACAGGUUAUCACCACUGAAGCCAGACCUUUGAUCCGGGUGUUGCUCGAUCGCUUGCUCUGGCGCUCCCGUUUGGUGGUGGCUGGUCAUCGCCGAGUGAAUAUCUACUUGCAGCAUUUGCUCGUGACUGCUGAUGGGCAGUUUGCAGAUGCGCUGUGCUGGGUUAGCAAAAUGAAGGAUCCGACCAUUGUCACCCACACAGUCCUAGAAAGGUUAACCGACUUGGUCUGGAACAAGGUGAUAUAUUUGCCAUUCUUGCUGAGCAAGGUAUGGCUUCUAUUCUCUUUGAUGGUCUUCCUCUUCAGCCAAUCUAUCUUGAAGAAUUUCCUACAGGCUGAGAGCAUUGACCACCAGGUCGUGCGCAUCACGACCUUUGUGUGCAGAGCCUUCGUCUAUAUGGCCAGCAUGACAGAGCUGAUCUAUUCCCAAAGCAAAGUGGCCAUCAAGGCGAUCAGAACGAGGGACUUGACCCGUCUUUUCCAGAUACCUUUGCCAUCCAAAUAUGUCACAGACUGGAGAGAAGCCGUUAGCAUCACAUUGACACUAAUCUUGAUCUGCAUGUUCAUGGUUGAGCCCAUCCUUUUUUGCCUGGAGCACUUUGAGGGGGAUUUCGAGGGCGCUGGCCGAUUCACGGCGCAAUGUCCACAAGCAGCUGAUGUCCAGGAUUUCUAUUCGAUCCUCUCGAUGUUUGGCAUGUUCUGCUACUUUGCGCUCUUGGUGGACUUCAGCGCUCUCUUUAUUCCUUUGUCAGCGUUCGUCCUGACCGCUGGCCGCCUGCUGCCAGACCUGCUUCUGUCACUGUCCGCAGCCAUUUUUUGUGUGAUUGUCUUUGGGACGGCCGUCACGGUGUCCCAAGGCAACCCAGCAGACUUUCGGGAUGUCUUUUCUGCAAUGAUGACCCUUUUCCAGAUCAGCGUGGGCAUGUAUCCUCAACAGAACUUUAUCCAGCUUGAGCACUCGCGAUGGCUUUUGGUGAUGUGUGUAGGCUUCGUUGUUUUGGUUGUGAUUUUCUUGUUCAACUUGCUCAUUGCACAACUCAUUGGCUCCCAUGCGACUGUUUACCGCACGGUUGUGGGCCUGGCUCGUUUGAACCGUAUGGCCGUUAUCUGCGACUCAAUGCCCUCUGUCCGGCAAAAAGUCUUUCGAAACUUCAUUCAGAGCUUGAGGCUUGAUCAUCGUAUGGAGUUUGGGGAAGGAGACAUCGGCUUGCCCGGAGGGAUUCAGGUCUUGGAGCCUGCAGGUCUGCACCCCACCUACGAGGAUAGCAUCCAUCGCUAUGGAGGCUCGACGUCUCCCAACAUGCCCUGGCCAGAGGAAGACGAGGAGGUCAGCAAUAGCAUAGAAGACAGGAUCGACAACAUCACGCGCAUCUUCAAGAAGGCCUUGAAAAGAAUGCAUUUGCAAGAAGGGAAAAGAUCUAGAAGCAGUAGAAGCAGUACAUCCGACAGCAGCAUCAACGAUUCUUCUCAAUCUUCUAUAACAUCAAGCUGAAGGGCGGAAACCGCAGCACCUACCAGGGGCUGGGGAUGCUCUGAAUUCGAAUGCAUCUUAUGAUGCCAGUUGCUUUCAGGACCAGUGGACUCAUUCCAUCUAGUGUUUCACAAAACCAAAGACGCAGCCCCCAAACAGGGGUGAUCCUGCACAACAUGUUUGAA